GGCAGCAGCAGCAGCAGCAGCAGCGCGGGCAUCCACGGCGCCAGUGGCAGCAGCAGCAGCAGUGAGAGCGGCGGCGGGAUGAGCUCCGUGAGCUGCGGCAACGGGAAGCUCCGCCAGUGGCUGAUCGAGCAGAUUGACAGCAGCAAGUACCCGGGCCUGGUGUGGGAGAACGAGGAGAAGAGCAUCUUUCGCAUCCCCUGGAAGCAUGCGGGCAAGCAGGACUACAACCGCGAGGAAGAUGCGGCGCUCUUCAAGGCUUGGGCUCUGUUUAAAGGAAAGUUCAAAGAAGGCAUUGAUAAGCCAGAUCCUCCCACUUGGAAGACAAGGUUGCGCUGCGCAUUGAACAAGAGCAAUGACUUUGAAGAACUGGUUGAAAGAAGCCAGCUGGAUAUAUCAGAUCCAUACAAAGUAUACAGAAUAGUACCUGAAGGAGCAAAAAAAGGUGCAAAACAGCUAAGCAUGGAAGAUCCACAGAUGAUUAUGAAUAAUGCUUACACCAUGAAUUCAUCAUACUCUGCGCUACCAUCUCAGGUACCAAGCUACAUGAUGUCUCAUGACCGUAACUGGAGGGACUAUGUUCCAGAGCAGUCACACCCUGAUAUUUCGUACCAGUGUGCAAGUGUUCCUUUUGCAGCUCGCAAUCAUCACUGGCAAGCUCCAGCAUGUCAGAAUGGUUGUCAGGUCACUGGAACCUUUUAUGCUUGUGCACCACCUGAGGCACAGACUCCUGGGAUCCCAAUAGAGCCAAGCAUAAGGUCUGGUGAAGCUCUUCCACUGUCAGAUUGUCGACUGCAUAUCUGUCUAUAUUAUCAUGAAACUCUUGUAAAAGAAGUCACAACUUCAAGUCCUGAGGGCUGUAGGAUAUUUCAUGGCCAAAAUUAUGAGAUCAGCAACUUGGACCAAGUUCUGUUCCCUUAUCCAGAAGAUCACAGCCAGAGAAAAACAACAGAGAAGUUGCUAAGUCACCUGGAAAGGGGAGUGGUACUCUGGAUGACACCGGAUGGGCUCUAUGCUAAGAGACUUUGUCAAAGCCGCAUCUACUGGGAUGGGCCUCUGGCAUUUUGCAGUGACAGGCCUAAUAAGCUGGAAAGAGAGCAGACAUGCAAACUUUUUGAUACCCAGCAAUUUUUAUCAGAAUUGCAAGCAUUUGCCCACCAUGGAAGGCCCUUGCCUAGAUUCCAGAUUGUGUUAUGUUUUGGAGAGGAGUUUCCAGAUCCACAAAGGCAGAGAAAACAAAUUACGGCCCAUGUUGAGCCAAUGUUUGCAAGACAGCUAUACUACUUUGCACAGCAAAACACUGGACCUUUUCUAAGAGGCUAUGAUGUAUCAGAACAAGUCUCCAGUUCAGAAGAUUACCACCGAUCCAUCCACCAUUCCUCUGUUCAAGAAUAAGCACAUGAACUCUGCCAGUCUGAAAGUGAGACAUAAUACAACAAUAACUGGAGCAUAACUCAAGGAUGCAAACCAGUGCUUGGAUUUUUCCAGGGAAGUGAACAACAAAGAUGCUCCAGAAAUGGAUGUGGAGAAGCCUAAAAAUGUAGUCCAAUGAACACUUGCUUCCCCCUGCUGUUUUUUGGAUUGCUGCACCUCCAAUUCUGUUGCUGGUGCUAGGUGUGAAAACUGACAAAGUAUCUGAUAUGUUUACAUGUUCUUAAAUGAAGAUGGUGUCCUGUAAGCAAAAUGAACUUAUUUUGGACUCCUAGUUAUUUAUUUCAUUAGAAAUCUCAGGGCAAAAUUUUCUAGGCUGAAACAGCAGUUUACUAUGGUGCAAAGUAGCAAUCAAAAUGCAUGUUAUUUACGAAAAAGACAUUACAUUGAAGCUGGUAUAAGGAUGCAUUUUUAAAGAUUACAUUCUUGUCAAAAAUGUGCAGAAAAUAUAUUUUUAAAAUAGUAGUAUAAUUCAUGACAUGUUUUUCAUAAUUUUAAAAUGGUUUUGCUGUUGCUGCUGCUUUUUUAGAAGAGGGACAUUUAUAUCACAUUCUGCCUGUAGGGUCCAUCAGGAUUAUUCCUAGGAUAAUUUCAGUAUCAUGCAAAGUAAUUUGUACUAUUAUAUACCACUUGAUCUUUGUUAAACUCAGUAAGCAAUUCACGUGUGUCCAUGGCAAUUGCUGGAGUAAGACUAAAAUCCUAUGCACACUUACCUGGAAGAAAGUCAUACAAAAUUUACUUCUGAAUAGACAUGUAUAGGAUUGCAGAGACAUUUUCAAAAAAAGUAACCAAAGAAUGGAACACAUAUUUUAAAUAAAUAUGUGUAUAAAUAUAAUAUGCACACAGAUAAUGAACUCCUCUACAGGUUGCAGCAGUUUGAGCUCAGCACUCCAAAGCAGGGCUGAUGCCAGAUACAGAAAAGGUCUU